UUUCUUCUGUUUCAGGAGGUCAGUUUGGAACUUCACAAAUUUGAUGAGCUAGACUGCUUAAUAAAAGGAAUACAUUAUAUAGACAGAAACAAUGGUAAUUGUGAAUGCUACUAUUGGAAGAAUCCUGGUGAUUCUAAACUCGCCCAAAAAGAAGCAUUCGAUUUUCGAGACCCCUAUCCUUACCUAGUUGUGAACAUAGGUUCUGGUGUGAGUAUCUUGACGGUGCGUGGACCAAGUGAUUAUAAACGUGUUAGUGGAACAAGUUUAGGUGGUGGUACAUUCCUGGGUUUAUGCUGUCUGUUGACAGGCUGUGAAACAUUUGAAGAGGCCAUUAAUUUAGCCGCAAAAGGUGAUGCUACAAAAGUGGACAAAUUGGUGAAGGAUAUAUAUGGGGGUGAUUACAACUCCAGUAAAUUCAAGCUGCCAGGUGAUAUUGUUGCUAGCAGUUUUGGUCAGAUGAAUUUACACGAUAAAAGAGAAGCUGCGUCCAAGGAGGACCUUGCUAAAUCAACACUAUCAACCAUAACAAAUAAUAUAGGAUCUAUUGCUAGAAUGUGUGCUGUGACCGAGAAAAUUGAGCGUGUAGUUUUUGUUGGUAAUUUCCUGCGGGUUAACACAAUCUCAAUGAAACUGCUGGCUUUUGCGAUGGAAUACUGGUCCAAUGGUGCAAUGAAGGCUCUUUUCCUAGAACAUGAGGGAUAUUUUGGGGCCAUGGGAUGUUUAAUGGAAUAUAUACGUCUCGGACAACAGUUGAAUGGAGUCGUAAAUGGACAUUUAGACAAACAUAGAUAGAAAAUACUUGUUGUGCUCAAUUAAUCAGCAUUGAUCAAUAAUGUGUUCAAGUGACCGGUUCCCUGAUUCUACAUGUUGUGUGUUCUACGUGUAGCGUGGUGAAGGAAUAUUCUUGUUCAUGAAGAGGCUGCCUCAAUAUUUGUGCAAAAAAAACAACAACAAAAACCCAUAUAUGUGCAAAAAAACAAACAAGAAAAGCCAGUAGGCAUAUCAUAAAAUUUCAUUUAAAAAUCAUGUUUUCAAAUGAUGCUAUCAGUGUUACAUUUUUCUCGAGGGAAUGAAGUUUGAUAUUGAAUGUGUUAUCACAGGAUAUUGUGGGGGUUGGUGUUUAGAUGUGUAAGAAUAAAAUCACCUGAAAAAUUAAUUAUAUGCUUGCUGAACAUUGUGUGAAAAUUCUGCUACAUCAUGCUUAAUACACUAAAAAUUAAAAUCUAUUUCAGUUUUAAAGCAGCAGUGGGGAUAUGGCACUCUGAAUCUUACUUCUUGUUCACCAGGGAAGAUUUCAAACAAUUUUAAAAUUUGGAGUCAUGUUCAUUUAGAGGAGGGGUGGGGGGAUAGCAUUUUGGUUGUUUUAUGUAUCGGUUCUCAUGGCAUGUUGUAUUUUUAUGAACCAUUUUUGGAAGUAUAUACAAGUAGGUACUAGAGUAACAAAAUUGUAACAACUAAGAAGUGGGCAUUGUAUUGGUGCUGCUGGGAAUAGGAUACUAGAUAGCUAUGUAAAUUAUAUAUAUAUAGUAUAUGUUGUAUCUCUGUUUUAAAUGGAGAGCUUGAUAAAGACUUAGUUUGAAUGCUGUUUUAUGCUGACCUCAGCAGAUAUUUUACGUAACAUAGGCUUUAAGCUUAUAGUGAUCUCAUUAUUUGUCUGUGCUACAUACUGCUUUAUAUAAUUAUCAGUCCAUGGAAUGUUUAUAUUAACAUAAACUCUAAGCUCAAUAGGUUCAAUAAACCUAGCCUUUUUUUUGUGUUUUGGGUAUUCUUCAGGGAUUUCAUUUCUUCCCUACCUUAUAUAAAAUCUUCUUUAGGGAUUCAAUUUUUCCCUACCUUCUUAUAUAAAAUCUUAAUGGAACUUUUUUCAUUUUUUGAGUGCCAAUGGUGGCAAUGGUAGCUUGAUGUUAUAGAUAAAAGUCAGAUCACAUCUUAAUGCAUAUUUUUAUAACAGUUUUUAACCAGUUUUAUAACUAAAUCUUGGACCACCUGAAAUUUUCAAUAGUUAUACAGAAUAAGACUUUUUCAUAAAACCAGUGUUGCUAGGGGGUGUGGAUGGUUGCUUGCAUUUACGCCUACUGUCCUGAGACAGGGUCAAUCAAACCAAGCCUGCAUUAUUUUCAUUUUUGCUAUUUUUUGCGUUUAUUUCAGAAAUUCUGGGUUUUUUCCCCUUCUAUUUAAAAGUUUCUUUUUUUUUAAAAAUGAUUUUGUCCUCAUGAGAUUGUGUUUAGUUAAGGCCUGUAUUUUGGGAUUACUUUUAAUUAGUUCCAUAAGCAGUUAUGUAUUUUAUAGUUUAGUUAUGUCAUAAUUUGUUGAUAUUAAAAUCAUUGGUUUUAUAUAACAAAAUAGUUUUUUUACGAGCUUCAUAGCCGCUGCUGUACCUUGUCAUAAUGUGUUUGAUUGUUAUAUUAUUUUUAUACAUGUAUAUUUAUAUAGAGAUUUCAUAGUUUUUAUUUGAAAUUGUUUACAGUGACUGUAACUCUGAUUGGUCAGAAUUGAGUGAAAUGAUAGAAUUGACCAAUGACAACGUUACAGUAUAAUUUGAACAGUUUCAAAAUAUGUUUCCAUUCAUACAUGUAUUGUUCAAUUCACAUUGUUUAAUUAUCAAUUAAGUCUUUUUAUAAGCUUACUUAUUUUAAUACUUAUUUAAUGCUCAAGGUUAAGCAAUCAGUUUUCUGUUGUCUAUAAUUGAUAUAUGAAGUUUCUGGAGGUCUCUUGAUUUAAUCUACAUCAAACUUUGUCACAAAUAUGGCAUAAGGUCAGUGCUGUAGGUUCGAAUCCCAUCAGGCAC